UUUCCAACGUGGUUAAAAGAUAUGUCAGUCAACCACAAAUCGAAAUCAAAAAUCAGGGGAGUGACUGUGAAGAAAGGACUAAUAAGCAAACAUAUUAGCAAAAUGGGGUCCAACUUAUAAUUUUGAUAAGUUUUAAUGUUGAUAGAGGGCUGGAUAAGGAUAUCAUGGGGAUAAAAAAGGGCCGGGGAUGGGAAAGAAAGCGGUUUCGGCCACUUCUUCGAUCAACGGGUUGGACGGAGGGCUCGCAAUUUCGAUCGGAAUUGGGCACGAAGACAGACGGAUCGGGGACGGACUACUUCUUCGACGCUGGGUGGUUCUCCGAUUGCAACAGCAGCGGAGGACGAUAGCUCGUGGUGGCAAAGCAGAGCCAAACUUGCGGCGAACCCUAGUCUUCGUCGGACAGUCAUUAACGAGGGCUGAUUCUGGCAAACCAAUAAUCUACCAAGUGGUGAAGGAAAUGAUUGAGAAGAUGGGCUAUAAAGUAAUGAAUGAAGGUAGCGAGGAGGCCGGGAUUGAGACGAAAGAGUUCAUUCUUUUGAGGAAUAUGCUCAUUGCUACAGUAGAGGAACACUAUAUAGAUGCAGCUCAAUGGAGGACAAGCUGACUCCACUCCGCUCCAAGAGGAAUUGGACAUAAUAAUUAUUGUAUAGCUAUAUAUAAAUAGCUCCUCUGCGCAAGCUCUUCUAGUAUAAAAAAAGAAGAAAGAAAGAAGAAAGAAGAUAGCAUAUUUGAAGUGUGUAACAUGUAUAUAUAUAACAUCGAAGAGGGGUCCACGACUUCAGUUCGAAGCUGCAGUGAUUCUGCCUUCUUCGCUGAGAUGAUCUUGAGACAGACCCCUGCAGUACUUCUUCCCUUCUUGUUUGUUGAGUAAUAGAGGGUUCAACGGCUAAUCAAUCUGAAAUUGAUGACCUUACAAUGGAUGGUAAUACAACCACUGAGAAAAGUCUUGAUGAAGAUUGAUGGAACAAAGAUGAUGAAGCUGAAAGCGAUGAACUUGAAGAUGUAGACAUGAUGAGCAUUAAAGCUUUGGACUAUAUCUUCCGUAUUAAUGUGUAUUUUAAUUUAUUUCCUUUUCUGUUUAUAACGCAAAUGAUUAACUAAUUUUGAGAUGUUGGUUUACUUUCUAAUAAAUGGGUUAGUUGUAA